AUGUCAACAUCUAUUGCAUCUGGGCUUUUCAAGUCCCUCCCCAAACCAAAAUACACUGGCGAGGACGAGGAGUUGCCACAGCAUGCACAACCCCGUGGUCCGCGCGUGGUGGGCGCCGACCAGCUUGAUGAGACACAGGUCGUCCUACGGAGAACCGGACCCCCGCCCUAUGGAAACCGUGCAGGAUGGCGACCUCGCGCCCCCGAAGACUUCGGUGAUGGCGGCGCGUUCCCCGAGAUUCUAGUUGCACAGUAUCCCCUUGACAUGGGUCGAAAGGGGACAUCCGCGACUUCAAAUGCGCUUGCUGUUCAGGUCGAUGCUGAGGGCAAGGUCAAGUAUGACGCAAUCGCCCGCCGUGGACACGCCGACAACCGCACCGUUCAUGCAUCGUUCAAGGAUUUGAUUCCGCUCCGACAGCGGGUGAAUAUGGGAGAGAUCUCUUUGGAAAAGCCAUCGGAAGAGGAGGUCCAGGCUCAGAUGGAGAAGACCAAAGCUGCGCUCGCAACCCUGGUUGAAGGAGCUGCAUCGGCGCAGAAGCCAAAGAACGUUAAGGGCGGACAGCGCGCCGAACCGACUUUCGUUCGCUACACCCCGGCGAACCAGAUGGGCAACAAUGGCCGCCAAAACGAUCGCAUUAUGAAGAUUGUUGAGAGACAGCUAGAUCCCAUGGAGCCGCCCAAGUUCAAGCACAAGAAGAUUCCCCGUGGCCCGCCCUCCCCCCCCGCCUCCCAAGCUUGGAAGAUUCCCCCGCCUGUGUCGAACUGGAAGAAUCCCAAGGGUUACACUGUGCCGCUCGACAAGCGUUUGGCUGCCGAUGGCCGUGGGCUGCAAGAUGUCACCAUUAACGAUAAAUUCGCCCAGUUCGCCGAGGCUUUGUUCACAGCGGAUCGACAUGCCCGUGAAGAGGUACAGCUUCGCGCUCAAAUGCAGCAGAAGUUGGCAGAGAAGGAGAAGGCACAGAAAGAAGAGCAUCUCCGGAUGUUGGCACAAAAGGCUCGCGAGGAUCGCGCUGGCCCCAGCCAUCGCGAAGUGCGGGCCCGUUCUCGCUCUCGAAGUGUCAGCCGCAGUGUCUCUGUAUCAUCGAGGUCUGCUACCCCCAGCGAGGAUGACGAAGCUGCUCGAGACCGCGCAGAGCAGCGUCGUGAGCGACGACGGGAGGAUGAGCGCCAGCUGCGCCAGUCUCGCAUGGGCACAGAGCGCCGUAUUCAAACCAUGGCCCGGGAACAGAACCGUGAUAUCUCUGAGAAGGUGGCACUUGGUCUCGCCAAGCCAACACAAAGCUCCGAAACCAUGUGGGAUUCGCGUCUGUUCAACCAGACCAGUGGCAUGCAAUCUGGUUUCAACGAAGACAACCCCUACGACAAGCCGCUGUUCGCCGCGCAGGACGCCAUUAACAGCAUUUAUCGUCCACGUGCCCAGGCUGAUGCCGAUGAUGAUGAGGGAGGAGAGGGAGAGAUGACCAAGCUUGAGAAGACCAAGCGUUUCGAGGUCUUGGGACGCGCCAAGGAGGGUUUCCGAGGCGCUGCUGAAGCUGAGGAGCGCCAGGGUCCUGUUCAGUUCGAAAAGGAUACCGCCGAUCCAUUCGGUAUUGACAACAUGAUCGCCGAUGUGACCUCGGGCCAGAAGCGUUAUGGAAUCCAGGAAGCUGAGAAUGAUGACCGCAAGUCGAAACGCCCGAGGGUCGACGACGAAUGA